UCGAGAAACUUAUAGGAAAGUGCCCGCUCUUGAACUGGUCCAGGCCUCUGAAAGCAUCACAGAUAUCCUUGACUAAGCACAAAUGGACAUGUUCUCCCCAAACGAUUACCAUUCUCAUCAAGCUCGCAACGAUGGCGGCAACACACCCCAAUUUCUUCAGGUUCCAUAUUCUUACGCUCAGUAUCAUGAUACCAGCAAUCCUCCAAGCUACGCAAUGCAGUGGUCACAUUUGGACGGCUCGAAUGUACCUCCCGAACAACCUGCUUAUACGCACGCACAGAGCUCCAGCUUCCCACCUCACGAGGGCCUGCAAUACGUCACCGAUGCAUCCGACGCUGGCAGUUAUGCUGGCUUGGCGUUGUCACCAGGAGAUAACAAUAGCGUGUGAGUGCCCAAUCUACUUUGUCCGCAAGUACAGAGGCGAAUCCCCAAGGCUUCGC